AUGGGGCGGAUGGCCCGGCGCGGGGCUCUGCUCCAGCUUCUGCUGCUGCUUGCAGCCUCCUGCCUGCACGCUGGUGAGGCCUUCAGAUGCUUUACCUGUGAGCAGCCCACGGCCAUUCCUUUAUGCAAGAACAUUACUCGCUGCAAGCCGGAGGCCACGGCCUGUAUGACUACGCUGGUGCUGAUGGAGUCCGAGUACCCCUUCAACCAGAUGCCCCUGGUGACCCGGUCCUGCUCCAACUCCUGCUUUGCCACCGACCCCGACAGCAUGGGGAGCACCCGUGCUGUCUACUGCUGUUUCCGCGAUCUGUGCAACUCCGUGCAGGCCACCAGGCUCGGCGUCAGGGCCCUGGCCCCGCUGGGGGCCCCGCUCCUUCCCUGA